UGAGGAACCUCUGUGGGCGUUUCAAUUGUUGGAUAUGCUUGGUUAGGCCCUAGUGGUCGUUAGCCUAUUAAACCCUUAUGAACCUAUACAACUAAAAACACAUUUUGACAUAAAUAUUUUAUUCCCGAUGAUUGCAUUUUGUGAUUGCUUUAAUUGUUUUUAUAUAAUUUUAACUUCUUCCACUAUCCGUUUCUUUUGAAACUGGAAAAUGUAUUUUGAAGGCAAGCAAACAAGCCUUUCCUUUUUAUGACAGAUAGCUAUAAAGCUGGAUUUCUUCUUAGUCUUGUACACUGAGUGAAAUGCUGUUAAAAUAGGCAGAUUUCCCCAUUGGAGCUUCUUGCAGAUGGAGUCAGUGUUCAUCCCCUACUUCACAUUAGCAGAACUUACUUUGAGAGUUAACUACCAAGCAUCUCAGUGUGAUUGUAAACUUUUCUUUAAUGCCCAAGCAGAAUACUGAUUGACACCUUCCUCAUUUGCAAGAGCUUUCCUGUAGACUGCCAUGUCUGACACCAUAAUAAUAUAACUUGUUAUAAAAAAAAAUUUCUGGCUGCCAGUUGUCCCAUUUUACUGACAUUUGCCAAAAUAAUUUUAUGACUUUUCAUUCCUUAGGUAAUAUGAGCUCUACAGCCUUUUAUUGUCUGUUGUACUCCCCAGCAAGAUGCUUGAACAAGGUUCCCCUGAGAUUAAAAAGUCGAACAGCAGCUGAGCAACGAUGGCUGAUACGUCAGUCUCAUGAUCCUUUUGUAAAAUCAGCGAAGGAGCAGAAUUAUCGCUGCCGGAGUGCAUUCAAACUUUUGGAAAUUGAUGACAAGCACAAGAUUCUGCGACCUGGCAUUCGUGUUGUGGACUGUGGCGCUGCCCCUGGUGCAUGGAGUCAGGUUGCUGUGCACAGAGUCAAUGCUGCUGCUUCAGAAAGAAGUACACCAGUUGGCUUUGUGAUUGGAGUGGACCUUCUUCGUAUUGCUCCAUUACCAGGAGCUGUGUUCCUGUCUGCUGCUGACAUCACUGACUCGAAAACUCAAAGUCGAAUUCAGGAGCUCCUUCCAGGUGGGAAGGCAGAUGUGAUUCUCAGUGACAUGGCACCAAGUGCUAGUGGGAUUAAAGAACUGGAUCAUGAAAAAUUAAUCACUAUGUGUUUCUCCUUGCUGGAUCUGAUCGGGAGAGUCUUAGAGCCUAAGGGUGUGUUUCUUUGCAAACUUUGGGAUGGUGCCAAAACUAAUCUUCUCCAAAGUAGGCUUAGACAGUCAUUCCAUGUAGUACGAACUAUCAAACCCAGUGCUAGCCGGAAGGACUCUGCUGAAAUAUAUUUUUUGUCAAGAGAUUUUCAGAACAAGUAAAUAUAUGUUUCUAGAUUUUGACGCUAUGUAAAAAGAGUGGAGUUUUCUGUGUGUCUGUGGGCACACACACAUUCAUGUUUGAUAUUUUUGUUUUUAGUUUAUUUUAUUUUUUUUUUUGUUAACUGGGUAACUUAAUUGUUCCAUGGUCCCUUUUCAGCUACGGCACAGGUUACAGGGGCAAAAAUAACUACAACAUAUACUGUACAACAUGUGGACAAUUUAGAGGAGUCAACCAGUAUGGGUACUUUAUUUUUUGCCACCUCCCAAAAACAAAGAAAACUCAUGCAGACAUGACAUUGUUUCUGCUUUCAUGGACUUUGAGUUCUUUAUUUAACUAGUUUCUGUGAAGUGUGAUCUGUUCUACCUGCCCAUACCUCUCAACUGACAAAAACAAACAGGAUCAGCACUGAGGCAAGAGUCCAAAAUAUAAAAAAUAAAAAUCCAAGUGCUGGAAUAGUUGGGUGGAGUAGUAUAUCCAAGAAGAACAAAUAUAUCAAAAAGUGAUUGUUUUAAACCACAGAGCUUUCGGGACUGGCCUUUAUUCAGUGUACCUCUCAACUGUCCAGAUUUUUGGAGAAUGCCCAGAUUUUUGCCUCAUUUUUGGUCUGGUUCUUGUAAAAUUGCGGUUUUCUGGUGAA